CAGAAACACUCGUCCCCACUUCCGGCCGCCUCGGACCCUUUCCGCUUGCUCUCUGCCGGCUUUAUCUUCGCGGUUCUAGUGGUUCCCGGCCCUCUACCCGGACCCCCUGCACGACCCUCCUCCCAUCCCGGUAGCUCUCUCUUCAUCCCAGUCUCCUGGGGACGCGGAGCGGCUCUGCCCAUUCUGCGGUGCGUUCUCUGCAGGGAGGCCCAGACUCAGGCCUGUCGCGCGCGGUGACUGCCGCGCAUACCUGACCCCGCGUCUCCCAGCAGCUUCGUGGAGGCCGCCGCCGCCGCCGCCGCCUCGGGAUGUCGGGGUUAGGGUCCGCGCACCGCUUGGCGGUCGCCGCGGGCCGUUGGUGGGGCUGCAGACUGCUAGCGUUGCUGCUGCUGGUUCCGGGGCCCGGCGGAGCCUCUGAGAUCACCUUCGAACUGCCCGACAACGCCAAGCAGUGCUUCUACGAGGACAUCACACAGGGCACCAAGUGCACCCUCGAGUUCCAGGUGAUCACUGGAGGUCACUAUGAUGUAGAUUGUCGAUUAGAAGAUCCUGAUGGUAACGUGUUAUACAAGGAGAUGAAGAAACAGUAUGAUAGUUUUACCUUCACAGCCACCAAAAAUGGGACAUACAAAUUUUGCUUCAGCAAUGAGUUUUCUACUUUUACACACAAAACCGUAUAUUUUGAUUUUCAAGUUGGAGAAGAUCCACCUUUGUUUCCUAGUGAGAAUCGAGUCAGUGCUCUUACACAGAUGGAAUCUGCCUGUGUUUCAAUUCAUGAAGCGCUGAAGUCUGUCAUCGACUAUCAGACUCAUUUCCGACUGAGAGAAGCUCAAGGCCGAAGCCGAGCAGAAGAUCUAAAUACAAGAGUGGCCUAUUGGUCAGUAGGAGAAGCCCUCAUUCUUUUGGUGGUUAGCAUAGGGCAGGUGUUUCUUCUGAAAAGCUUUUUCUCAGAUAAAAGAACCACCACAACUCGUGUUGGAUCAUAACUACAUUUUGAGAAUUGAUGCACUAUUGCCACUGUAAUAUUGCUGUCCUCUAGUUGAUUUUAAAUACCCAAGAACUUAAUAUUGGCAACAUUUUAAAAAUCUUACUCAUAUACUUGUUGGGGAUACAUAUAAUGUGCAUCCCUAAACUGUGGAAAGGACACCUUUUUGUUUGUUUGU